UAUCUCUCUCUCAUCUUUAUCUCUCCCAACUCUUUCUCUCUCUACCUCUGUCUGCAACAACAAUGUCCAUCGACUUCUACACAGAGAGUCCUCCACGAAUCUCCUUCUCCUCCGAUCUCCUUCCAAACAAUAACCAAACCCAAAUCACCAACCAAACAGAUCUCACCGAUUUCACCUUCCAUUCACAACCCACAAACGAUUUUCAUUUCACCUUCUCCUCAUCCUCAACCUCCAUUAACGAACCUUCACCCGCCGACGAACUCUUCUCCGGCGGUCUCAUCAAACCCUUAAACUCCAAAACCCAUUCAAAGAAAUCGAUCGAAACAGAAAACCCAGAAACCGAUCAGCCGAUUAAACCAACAACAACAACAAAUAAGUCAAUUUGGGGAAUCAAGAGAAGCAGUAGUCUUCAUUGUGAAGAGAGUAUUCAUAAGAAGAAUAGUUCAUCUUUUUGGUCAUUACCUUUACUUGCUAGAAGCAAUUCAACUGGGUCCGUUUCUGUUUCUGUUCAGAAAAAUGGAUCAAAGGAGAAUCAAAACCAUAGCCAGAAACAACAGAAGCAAAUAAGAAAUUCAUCUUCAUCUUCAUCAUCAUCAUCAUCUACUAAUUCGAGUUUCAGUAUGUAUAAUUUCUCUCAAAAACCUCCAUUGAAGAAGAAUUAUGGGAAUGGAAUUAGGAUUGUUAAUGUUCCUUCCAGCUUUGGGUUUAGUUCUUUGUUCCGUACUAGUAGUAACAAUGGGAAGGAAAGGAAGAACAAGAAAUGAUUUUUAUUUUUUUAUUUGUUU